AUGGUGAAUGGGCAGGCGAAAAUAAACGCCGGAGAAUUUUUCGAUGUCCUCAUUGGCAGUGUCAUCAAUAGAAUCAUCUUCUCUGAGCGUUUCACAAAAGAAAAUGCUGCCGAAUUCUUUGAAGUUAAACAUGCACUUUUGGUAUGUCGCUGCAAAAAUGGACGCUCAACUUACCACUACUUUAAAAAUAAGUGGAGAAAGCUCAUCGAACCUCAAGAGAAACUUUUGGAGUUUCUUCAAAAAAGGAUUGAGCAGAGAAAGGAAGACAUCGCGUCGGGUAAGCAUUCUCUGGAUGGAGAUGGUAAUGAUUUUGUUGAUGCCUUUUUGAUAAAAAUGGAGAAAGAUCGAAGAGAAGGUCGACAUCCGACUCAAUCGUACAAGUUAGUAAUGUAG